UGUGUCGAAUUGGACGACGAAGUGCCAUGGGCUUCAUCACAGGACUAUCAACUCAGCCCCUUCUCGGAGGAUGAAAAUACGGAAGUCGUGGAAAGAGAGAACGAGGAGGAAGAUCUCUUGACUGAGGAUGCCACCAGCGAGGAGGAUCUAUUUCCGGACGUCGUUUCUCGCCCGAUGAAGUCAGUCUUGUCUGUGGAGAUGGAUGACGAUGUGCCAUGGGCGACAGAAGAAGAAUACUGUCAACCCAGCCCAUUCUCUCAGGAUGAAAAUACGGAGGAUGUGCGAGGAGACCAAGAAGAACAACAAGCCGCAAUUCCAACCCCCGCUGCCCCACUCGUCCCCAAGCCAGAACCUAUCGAGUUGGGCGAGGCGCACGAGAGGCUGGCAAUGGAUCAAGAGCCGCCCUUCCAACAAGUCUUCCGGCCAGAAAUGAUGGGCCUGUUUGUCGAUCUGGAAGACGGCGUCCCGUGGGCAUCUCCAGAAGAAUACCACAUACCCGGCCCCUUUUCCCAGGAAGUGAAGAGGGAACGUGAAGAGGUUCCAGAAGAACAAGCGGAAGAACAGCCGCGUCGACAAGUCCCAGCCCCCGUGGCCCCACUGAUCCCCAAGCGAGAAGUCAUCGAGCUCAGCGAGGAGGAUACCAUCCCCUAUAUCUACGAGGGAAAAGAGGAAAAUCCCUGGCUUGCAACCCCGCCGGAAGAAGCACCCACCGACAGCCAACCCCAGCCUGCGCUCGAUUCCCCCGAUUCUCUCCCCCUAAUAUAUGCUGAGAAAUGGGACAAUUCGAGGCCGAUCAUCAGAUGUAAUUUCCAAUUUUUAGCCGUUUUUUAU